AUCAUGGCAGCCGCGGUAAAGUGAUCGGUUCUUGGGCAAGCGGCAGGAGGAAAGUGCCUUAACAUUGCUGCUCUCAUGCUUUAACAGAUGCCUUUAAAGAGACCUUCAGUCGGUCUCACCUUCUGUUUACUCUACUUGACUUCAUGUUUCACCAACAAGUAUGUCUUGUCUGUCUUGAAAUUCACCUACCCUACCCUUUUUCAAGGAUGGCAGACACUAGUUGGUGGACUUCUGUUGCACAUUUCCUGGAAGUGGGGCUGGGUUGAGAUGAGCAGCAGUUCAAGGACUGAAGUCAUUGCAUGGCUUCCAGCUUCUGCACUUUUUGUGGGAAUUAUUUACUCAGGUUCCAGGGCAUUAUCAAAAUUGCCAAUCCCUAUUUUUCUUACUUUGCAUAAUGCUUCAGAAAUUAUUACCUGCGGAAUCGAGAUGCUUGUGAAGAAAGAGCAAAUCUCUUUGCUAAAAAUCUGUAGAGUGCUGAUUCUUCUGCUAGCAGCAGUGUGCCUUCCUUUCUGUGACCCACAGUUUGAUACAGAUGGCUAUUUCUGGGCAAUCAUCCAUUUGCUGUGUGUUGGGGCUUUCAAAGUGUAUCACAAAUUGCGAAGACCAAGUUCUCUAAGUGACUCUGAUCAACAAUACAUAAACUAUGCAUCCAGUGUGGUGGUGUUGGCUUUUGCAUCCCACCCAACAGGUGAUCUCUUCAGUGCCUUGGAUUUUCCAUUUCUGCACUUCUAUAGCUUUCAUAGCAGUUGUUGUGCCAGUGGUCUUCUGGGAUUCCUUCUGACUUUACACAGAAUAAAGCUUAAAAGCAGCACAUCAUCCGGACAAUAUGCAGCUUGGAACUGUUUAGCAAAGGUUAUCACAGCUGGUCUGUCUCCAAUCAUUUUUGACAUUGCAAUGAAUGUUUCAACUGCCUGUUGUCUUUUGCUUGGUGGAUUUGCUGAAGUCUUGCUUCUUUACAUUGAAAGGGGCGGCUCAUGAACAGGGACCAAAGGAGGAAGAACACACUCUCCCUCUGGAAAUAAAAUCAGCAAUGGCCAUGAAACCCAAAUAAAAGUAAAGGGAAGUAGUCACAACAAUGAAGAUAUGUACUUCAAACAGCAAAUGCUCUAACUCCUCAGGCUUGGUUAGAGGAGCACCAAUUCUAUCAUGGUGGUGAAUCUAUUUACCCCAGCUCCAAUGAAUGUGGUCACCUUGCUUCCUUUAAGAAUCCCACGUCAGAAUGUGAUGCCUGUGCUUUCAUCACAUGAUCAUGUUGGCAAGAGCAGAAAUGUGUGGUUUGGGCAAACAUUGUAAGAGUGGUAUGGAAUGGUGAACAUUAAAGUAUAUAUAAACAUAAAA